AUGAGUUCCCGUACAUACACAGAUUCCAUCAAUGCAUUAAACUCACUACAAUCAAACUUUGCCUCUAUUGAAGCAAUGAAAAAACUAGGGCCCAAUGUCAAUAGAAAUGAAUUAUCAAUUAAUGAAGUUCGUGAAUAUACUUCAAGAUUAGGUUAUGCUCCUAGAGAUUUCAAUAAACUCAAUAUAAUUCAUGUUACUGGUACAAAGGGUAAAGGAUCUACUUGUGCGUUUACUGAGAGUAUUUUGAAACAGUAUCAACCUGAGUAUAUCUCCAAGAUUGGUUUAUAUACAUCACCACAUUUGAAAUCAGUUCGUGAAAGAAUAAGAAUCAACGGACAGCCUAUAGAUAAGGAGUUGUUUGCAAAAUACUUUUUUGAAGUAUGGGAUAAACUUACAGGUACCAAAUCAGACCCCAAGGAAUGGCCAAGUUUACAACCUAGUGAUGUAGUCAAACCCAUGUACUUCAAAUACUUGACAAUUUUAUCGUUCCAUGUGUUUUUACAAGAAGGUGUUGAUACUGCGAUUUAUGAAGUGGGUGUUGGUGGAACUUUUGAUUCAACGAAUAUCAUUGAAAAACCAACCGUUACUGGCAUAAGUGCCUUGGGAAUUGAUCAUACAUUUAUGUUGGGAAAUACAAUUGAAAGUAUUACUGAUAAUAAAACUGGUAUUUUCAAAAGGGGAAGCCCUGCUUUUGUUAGUGAACAAAAAGAGUAUCCAAAAACACAUGAACUUAUUGAGAAAAGAGCAAAAGAAUUGGGUGUAUCUUCUUUGCAAUUUGUUCACCCCAAGGAUUUACCAGAUUUGGAAUUGGGACUUUCAGGAGAAUUUCAAAAGGAAAAUGCAGCAUUGGCAGUAAGGUUAGCCGAUACGCAUUUGAAAUCAAUUGGAGUAGACAGUGGGCUAUUUUUGAGUGGCAAUAAAGUGGAAUCACUCCCGGAAAAAUUCAUCAAGGGGUUGAAGGAAGUUGAUUGGCCAGGUAGAUGUCAAAUUAUAACCAAUAAUCCACCGGGUGUAACAUGGUAUGUUGAUGGUGCACACACUAUCGAAUCUAUAACUGCAUCUUCAACUUGGUUUAGAGAGGAACAAUUGAAGUCGCCAUCAAAAAAAAGAGUGCUCUUGUUUAAUCAACAGGGGCGUGACAAUUAUGCUGAGCUAUUAACUACUUUGUAUCAAACUAUUUCCAAACACGAUCCAAAACUUGCCUUUGAUGAGGUGAUAUUCACUCCAAAUAUCACCUGGUCUUCUGGACAGUACAAUCCUGAAUUAUUAGCUAAAAACACAUCUGAGGAUGCAGUUAAGAAAUUGGAGAUUCAACACAAGUUUAGUGAGUUGUGGGAAAAAUUAGAUGUUGGGAAAGCGAAAAGACUGGUGUUUCCGGAUAUAGAAACCGCAGUGGAACAUUUGAAGAGAGAGCAACAAGAAUUGAAUGUGUUUGUAUGUGGGUCACUACACUUAGUAGGUGGGUUUUUAGUCGUCUUGGAUAAUGAAAGAGAAUAG